GGGUCGGGGCCUGCCCGCCGGUCUGCUGUGCCUCUGGGUUCCUGCGCGGCGGUUGUUCUCGGGUGUUUUUUUUCGGCGGCCGCCCGCCCAGCGACGUGCGAGCUCGCUGUUUCGUCGUUUCGGUAAAAACGCCUCUGCUCCACCACGCUCUGCCGAUGCAGGGAACUGUGCAGCAGCAAACAGGCGGCGGUCGGGUCCAUCCCACUCAAGAGCUUCGCGACCAAGGAUGUACCAGAGAAAAAGCUGCCAGCUGCUCCGGUGGUCCACGCACCUCCAUCUGGCUCCGGGCAGAUGCCACAGCUGCCAAAAGGAAAGCCUGAGGUCAAGUGCGAGUCCGAUCCGAAGAGAGGCUCCAAGCGCGAGAGCAAGACCAAGGGCCUCAAGUCGUCGGCCAGCAGUGGUGGCAACAGCGUCAACAUUGGCAACCGCGGAAGCAGUAGCAUCGCCAAGCCCGAGGCCUCGUCUUCCAGCAAGCCCCUGGACGCCGGAGCUGCGGCGGAGGUGAAGAAGAAGCCGGAAGUCGUCACAGCGUCAACUUCUUUCGCUGCGGAGCCGCUGCCGCCGCCUGCGGCGGAACCGGAAGUGCUCUUCCCCACCUGCAGCACGGGCGCGGUGCCCAAGCGAAUCGUCGUUCAAGCCACAUCUUCGUCAUCUUCGUCCUCGGCCAAGCGAGGUACCGCUCACGGCGACUCGCACAGCGGUACGGCACCCUUCACUAAUUCACGCAAGGGUCCCUCGGCCGCCAUUGUCGUCAAAAACCUGCGUAUCCAUAAGCCAAGCCCGCAGAUUAAGCUUGGACGGGACAAGUCUGACUGA